AACUGGAUAACUGAACCUACACCAAAACGUUGAAGUUUAUGGUUCCAGCUUGCCAAAGAUUGAACUUGGUUGUUACUUUUUGCUUGUGACGCUUUUGUGUUAUGAGUUUUGUUUUUUUGUUUUGUUUGUUUCUGGGGAAACUCAGAGGUCUUGACCUUGCCUGGCCUUUGUUUUCAAUUUUCUUGGAAGUGAUGGAAUUUCUAAAAAGUUUCCCCUCAGCCAGCAACUUCAAUAAUAGAUGAAGCAGCGACAUCAUCCUGACACCCUAUAUGUCCCUCUCUCAGAUUCAGCCAUUCGCCCGGUGGAGCGCCAGCGAGGAGGUGGAAACGCAGAUGAAUAAUUUAAAGUGUAGUUUGACUGAAUUUCUCCCCGCUGGUGCUCCAGCUGCUUUCAGUCCUUCUCGGUGUGAACAGCAGAGAAGACCAGAAAGGGGAAACGCUACCAGUGCUUCUGAUUCCAGGCUUCCAGCGAUGGCACCACUCAAAGUCUUUAGGAUGACUCUAUAUGUCUGCUUCCUCCUCUGCUGCCUCGCACUUCCUCUACAAGGUUUGGAGAUAUUUGACCCGGAGGAGGUGGAAUACAUUCGCUCCAACGCCACUGCAACUGCAGGUGGCUCGGUCACCUUGGACUGCGGCUCCGUUAUGCCCGCCAUCUACAUCUGGGGGUUCACCAAACCGGGAACCGACAACAACGUGGCGGUGGCACACAACUACGGGCAGGGCCCCAAGGUCCAGCUGCAGGCCGGCAGCCUGGGCAGCAUCAAGCUGCGGGAUGAUGCCCCCGCUUUGGUGGUAGAGGACCUGCAGAAGGACGCGGCCGGGAUGUACACCUGCCAGGCUCUGUACGACACAGACGAAGGAGCCAGGAUCACCUUUUACUUCACCCGGCUUGAGGUGGAGGACAAAUAACGAGUUUCCUCAACAUCGACAGUUUUAAAGCAAAACUUGGUCACAUUGUAAAGCUUAAAGAGCCGGCAGGUGAUUAAAGGCGAUGAAGACCCCUUAACUCAAAAAUCAAAGACUACUUGAGCUGUUUGUGGAGGUGGAAAACUAGUUAAAAAAAACAAAAAAAAAAACUUUAUAGACACGUUGCUUGCAGAAGUUCUGCACUUGCGCACAGAGAGCAAAAAGUUGAUUCUUUUACUUGCUGUCCAUAGCCGUGCAUCCACAGUAAAACAAAACCGCUAACUAAAUGAAACCUGUAGAUGAUGGUAUUGUUAAUUUAAUGCUGUGCACCACAGCAAAGAGGAAAAUAAUGCAAAAAAAUCUUUGAAAAAGAACUCAAAACCUCUCAGUAUUCUUCUUUUCUCUCUGUGACGGCUAUGCCAGGCAAACCCGUUGCCAUAGCAACUGACUGACAACAAUCGUGCUAAUGUAUCAGUACUCAAUACCAAAAAACACUCAAACAUUUCCUAGACAAAGAGCAGAUAAUUCAGUUUCUUUCAGUUCUAUGUUUUCAGGCUUGAUGUUUAUUUUGCGGUUUUUAAUAAGUGAUCUCUGAGGUAGAUUAGCCACCGCUGUUGUUAGCUAAGCUAACGCUGCAGUGGUUCAUUAGCUAAUUUAAACACCUGCUCAACUGGUGACCUGUUAGAAAAUUGGUGUUCAUGUUGCCUUUUAAAUUAUGUUUUCUAACUGAAUUGAAACAGAAUUCCACAGCACAUCUAUAUGUUAAAGUUGUCAAAGUCAAGCUAGCAUACCGGAAAUAUUUCUCUCUAACUCGCCUUUGUUUGUAAUUAAAACUUUUUCCUGACCUUAUCUAGUUGUCGUAGUGUUCACCAUUAGUAGCAAAGCACUGCAUCCAUUAUUCUUGCAUAUAUCAUGUGCAUAUGAAAGACUUAGUGCGUCAUGUUGAUAACUUGACAGCUAAAACCAAUGCUAGUCGUUGGCUAGCAGUUUUGACGUGACGCUGCAACAUGUCUGUAGUUGAAUCCGCAGUUAAUUCACAUAAACUGAACAAAGUAGACUCAAAUUUGUUUCAGCUUCAGUUUGGAAAGAUCAUAAAUCGUCUAGAUCAGUGUCCAACUCUGGGAAUCUCCCCAGUGCUGCAUCAAAAGACAAACAAGCACCAAAAAAAUCUUCAAACCAAAACACAAUGAAGACACAUAGCUUCUCUUGAGAUGUUUUUUUUUUACUUGAACUAUCUGAAAAAA